AUGCCACGUGCAAAUCAUUCACAUCCUCCAAGACCUUCUAAUAAACGGAAAGGCCGCUAUUCAGGCACAAGUCGCACCAAGCAACGUGCAUUUCCCGCUGACAUGCCCCUUUCAAAGGAGUCACACAGUGAUUAUUCCGACAACGAUGAAAACUCCUCAUCUUCAGAAGACAGCAAAAGUGUUUCUAUACCGACGGCCAUGUGGGACUUCGGCCAAUGCGAUCCCAAACGGUGCAGUGGAAGGAAACUUGUCAGACUGGGCGUUACUCGUUUACUCAAACUUCAAGAAUCCUUCCAUGGAGUAGUGUUAACAUCUACUGCGACCCAGUACAUUAAUCCUUUAACUGAUAAGGAUAUUGCUGCUCGCUGUGGCAUCGCAGUGAUUGAUUGUUCCUGGGCCCAAACCAGCAACACUCCGUUUCAUCGGGCCUGUCGAGAUGAUACGGAGGUGUUGGAUGUUCAAAAACGCUACGUAGCGCAGCUGGAGGCAAAGAAUAAUAAAAAACCUCAGAGCUACUCAGAAGUUUAUGCUGACCUCAACGCGGAAAUGGGAUCAGACCGCGAGAACUCCCAAUCAGAAGAAACGGAGAAUGAAGAAACUAGUGAUGCAGAAGUAAAUGAUGUUGAGGAGAUCAGCAUGGUUAUCUUUUAUGCCUGCGACAUCUCACCAAAGGCUGUGGCAACAGUACAGGCGAAUCCAAUGUUCACCACCGACUUCGUCUCCGUCUUCGUUUGCGAUGUGGCGUGCGAGGGCGCGCUGGCGAAAUCGCUCUCUGCUGCACCGACACCUGCGCUGCUGGAGCAUUCCUCCAUUACCGAGGUGCCUCCAGCCAUCGGCUUCCAUCUUGUAACCCUCAUUUUUGUUCUCUCAGCUAUCCACCCCCUCCAGAUGGCCUUCUGUCUCCAGAAUGCUGCUCAAGCAUUGCGGCCGGACGGUAAACUGCUGUUACGUGACUAUGGAUUGCACGACUACAGUCAAAUGCGCUUCGGGCGAGGUGCACGAGUGUUGGCGGAGCGCCCUCUCUACCGUCGACAGGACGGGACAUUCGCCUACUUUUUCACACGUGCCGAACUGACCCACCUGCUCACCGAGGCGGGUCUUUCGGUGCUGAGCUGCACCUACGUCCACCGGCGCACCGAGAACCGCGCGACUGGCCUCGCAGUACAACGUGUCUUCAUCCAAGCUGUGGCACAGAAAACUUCCUAA